CUGGCCGAGCAUGUGCAGUGUCUCCUCCUUCGGCAGUGGGGGUUAAUGGGCAGAUACCGCCCAAAUCCUCAUUCAUCAGAAGAGGCUUUCGCUCCCGGACUCCCUGGGCCUCGAGCAGAAAGCGUCUCCGCCACGGAGAUAGAAAGCGGGGAGGCUUCAAGGUCCUCCACCACUCUCGGCAAGCCCUGCUCUCGAUGGAGAGGGGAUCGCUGGGUGAUGGAUGUGGGCUUCCAGGGAAGGUGCUCGCGCUGGUUCCGAGCCCUCCGGGAAAGAUAUUCGAGCGCAGAGCGUAAGCGCAGGGCACGCCAGCCCGGGGGCCGCAGAAGCAGGCCCCGCGCGUCUCUGCACCACCGGGCCGCCUCCCAGCAGUCUUUCCCCAGUUUGCCCUCCUGCCGCAGUCCGGGCCCAGAUUAAUUAUCUGCACUUGUGAGUGGGCACACACACAAGUUCUCCGGACACGAUCCUUUCAUCUGUUUCCCCGGCGGAGUCCACCUUUUUAAAGAUUAACCUCCCAGCUACCGCGGGCAAGGGGGCAGGAUGCGAGUGGGGCGGGGAGGGGCGUUUCACAUGUUCAGAGGCACCAAAAUUAGCUGCCAGUGCUAAAAAGCUUUGUUUUCUUCGGUUUUUUGACAAACAAAUGGGGUGGGAUGCUUGCUUGGCCGCCCGCUGCCCCGGCCCGAGCCCUGGGCUCACUUAGCAGCCUGAUGCCGACUUUCAGACGCAGUCCCGCUCUGCUUACACCCGGGCUUCUUCGCCCCCUUGCCGAAGUCUGCAGCCCGAUGGAUGCUGGGCGCGGGCUUUCCCUGGGCGCUUUAACGCGGCUUAGGCUAAAGCCCCCGGGCUCCCACCUUCUCACCUCCUGUUUAUCGGCCCGCCCCUCUACCACAGCCAAAGGACGUGCCCCUUCAGUAGUGUCGGGGAUCCCAGCCCCAGCGCGGGGGAGGGCGCCUCCCUAUCCCCUCCUCCCCGUCGCCGCCUCGGCUCGGGGUUUUACUGCAGCAGCCGGAGGUGACAGCGACGCCUCAGCCGCCUCUGUUGCUCUCGGAGCCCCUGCUUCCCCUGCACUGGGAAAGCGCCCCCUCCCGAGAGGCUUGUCUCUGGAGAAGUGCGAACGAGCUGCAGAAAACCAAAUUUUAAAAUGUAGAAGUCGUUGAGCUGCAUUCUUCCAAGGACCAGUCUGAUCGCCCAGGACUGAGAGUGGCAGCGUUUGAGAAGUUGGGACCAUAGAGCAAGGGGGGGGGAGGGGAGUGUUGCAGCAGGCAUUCCCUUCUGGAAGGAGUCGCUGGGAGCAGUGCGGUUGGACGCAAGUUUGCGUAGGAGUGUUUUCCUUCUGUCAAUAAUUAAUCACCGGAAUUAGCCGGGUAGAAUUUGAGUUUUAGCAAUAGUCCUGAGGGCGGGGCCGAACACCUAACUCCGGGAGGCUCCCAGGCGCCCGGCGCAGUGGGAAGCUCGCAGCAGCUGGGGAGGAGCCAAAGCCUCGGCGCUCACCUAAGCCGCAGGGAGAUACACCCUAACUGGGAGAUGAGGAAACAUCUACCCAGAGAGGAGAAGUAAACCACACCGGAUCAUUUCGUGAAGGAGCAAGGCUGAAGACCCAGACCUGGACUUUUUUAGUGCUCAUUCCUGGGCCCUCGAUCACUGCAUGUUUGUUACAUGGUCCAGUUUGCUGCUUCCUGGAAGAGCAUCUCCUGCCUAUAAUGCCUUUGAGAAUAAAGUCUUUCUGAAGCCAUUAAUAUUCAGAAGGAGCCACAUAGACAAACUUACUGCAACUUGAAGGACCCAACCAUGGAUUUGAGGCGUGUGAAGGAAUAUUUCUCCUGGCUCUACUAUCAAUACCAAAUCAUUAGCUGCUGUGCUGUUUUAGAGCCCUGGGAGCGAUCUAUGUUUAACACCAUCUUACUAACCAUUAUUGCUAUGGUGGUAUACACUGCCUAUGUCUUUAUUCCAAUCCACAUUCGCCUGGCUUGGGAAUUUUUCUCAAAAAUAUGUGGAUAUCACAGUACCAUUUCUAAUUGAUCUUGUUCACGUUCAGUGAAAUGGCAUUGCAUAUUUAUAUAUUGCUUACAACUUAUUGAUUUAGGUAACUAUUGUGUCUUCCUUCACUAUCUGACCUGAAAAGCACUCUCUUCUCUAUGCACUCUUAUAUUCUGCCUUUCUGCCUGGAGCUUGAAAUAGAUGUCUCUUCAGUUUCUUUUGCACAUGCUACAUUGUGCAUCAGACCAUAGAUAAUACAAUGACUUUACCUCACAAAUCAAAUUCUCUCAACACAAAUCUAUGAAUUUAGUUUAUUUAAAAUCAGAACAAUUUCCUACAAAUUAUUUUUGGAAAAUAGGCUCAUAACAGACCUACCAGAAUCAUACUUAAAGUGCUCCCUUGACACUUAUUCUAUACUGAAGGGUAAAUUUUAAAAAUGCUUUUUAGGCUACUGUCAGAAGUAUCCUAUCUUUGUUUAUGAUGUAUAAAAAGAUGUGAAUAAAUUAUAUGGAACCCCUAAGUCUUAUUUUCUAGUAAACUGAUGAUACUAGAAAUUCUUUUACUUCAAAUGCAAAAGAGUAAACUGGAGGCAAUUAUUUCCUUUCAUCCACAGUUCAUGAAUUGUUUUAAAUGCUUCUUAAAGCCUGGCUUUAUAACCGUUUAAAAUCAACAAUGUUGAUUUUAGAUAACCAAGUAAGUAUUAUAAUACAAAAUAAUUUUAAGUGUAGGAAACUAAAGUAUAAUCAAAGUAAAUUCAGAUAUUGUGAUUUGUGGUAUUGCCUUGCCUUGCAUGAUGCUGGGGGGAAAAGAGAAAGGAAAUUGUUUUCUUUUUGUGCUUUUAUUCAGUGGAGGGGGAAAAAAGCAUGUAUUGGGCCACAGGAAGAAAAGCUAGUAAGUAGGCUGGAAGUAAUAUUCUACCAGCAGGAACUCAACGGCUCCAGUUAAGUGCUUUGAUAUAGUGGUUCCUUUGCAGAGCCAAAACAAGAUUUAUUAAAUUUCCUUCAAAGUGUUUAUCUUUAAAACAAAUAUAAGGUUUUAAUUAUACUGCUGAAGCGAAUGUGAAUGCCAAAGACUAAGUUUUACAGUUUUGCUUUCCUCCCAAUAAAUAUUAAUGUAUGUAAUUCUAGAGGGUAAAAAUGUAAAUAGGUUUGAACAAUAUUUGCACCUUUGUUUGUGUUAUGAAAACAUUUUUUCCAAGGCGAGCUGGAGAGAAAGAUGUUUGGCAUGCCAAAUUAACUUGCAUGUUUGUUAAAAAAACAAACACAUGCUUUGAAGAGAAACCAGAUCUGAACAUGUAUUUGUUGAGUUUUGCAAAAUAAAAUUAAUUUUGUAAGUAAA